AUCCGUCAACAUAGUAAUAUUUGUAAAUUCGCACCCGGCCCACAACACUCGUAUAUAUACCGGGGGGAAAUAAGAUAUUUUGACGUGGAAAUGGAUAGCGGAAUUCACGGUAACGUUAGUCAAUAAGGAGCACAAGAAACCGAAGCAACCGGAUCACACAGGGAGCAAUGCUUUACAAAAGGAUUUAAAAUCAACGCAACACCGUUGGUUCGGUUCUGGUCCGCCUCUCGCGCUGUCUCUGACCGUCGGUGGUGACUCACGGUGCUUGGGCCGUUCACGGAGCAUUGCUGACCGGUCGGAUUUAUCCACGCAGGGACCGAGGCUAUUUUAGCAUGAAGUUCAAACCGAACCAGACGCGGACGUACGACCGGGAGGGAUUCAAGCGGCGCGCGGCGUGUCUGUGCUUCAGAAACGAUCGGGAGGAUGAGGUUCUAUUGGUCAGCAGCAGUAGGAACCCAGAUCAGUGGAUUGUUCCUGGUGGAGGUAUGGAACCAGAAGAAGAGCCGUGUGGAGCAGCGGUACGGGAGGUUUUUGAAGAGGCUGGAGUAAAGGGUAAACUGGGACGUUUACUAGGUGUGUUUGAGCAAAAUCAAGAUCGCAAACACAGGACGUAUGUGUAUGUGCUUAUCGUUACAGAGACUCUUGAUGCCUGGGAGGACUCAGUCAACAUCGGCCGUAAGCGAGAGUGGUUUUCUGUUGAUGAAGCCAUCAAAGUUCUUCAGAUCCACAAGCCCGUUCACGCCGAGUAUUUAAGACGUCUGCGUAUCACUCGCCCAUCCACCAACAACGGCAACCUGCUUUUACCCCAAACAUCUGCCAACAACCUCACACCUCUCUUCAACAUGCCAGCAUCAGCUAACCGUAGAUAGGACACAAACCUAACGCCACACAGACAUACUGUACACACAUCCCCACGGACCUCUGUCUAAUAGACAGUCACACAAAACCCACUGAAACACACAUGGCACACCUUUACAUCACCUCUUAGACAUCUUUGGGACGUUCUUUCAAGGGACAAACCAAAGUCAUUUCUGCGUCUGUGUGGACGUUAUGGUGAAGGAUGCCUUAACGAUUUUUUAACGUUGGUUUUGAUAACUGUCCCUAACAUCUAUUUGGUUCCAGUUAUCUUAACUGUGUAAUACAUUUGACCAGCUUAACAAACGAGUUACCUGGAAGUGCACUUCCUUAACCACUGUCACCUGCAGAGCUCGGCAUUCUGGGAUUGUAAUUUCAUUCAACUUCAGCGUUUUACCUCACUGAUUGAUUUCAGACUGUAAGCGCUGUAUUAACCCUAAACCUCCCUUUAAGACGAGCCCUUUAAAUGCUCCCUUAACUGCUGCUCCUGAUGCUGGGAGAAACUAAUCAGUCUGAGGUUCAGAAUGAUGAGAGAAAGAUUGUACAGAACGGGAGGGUCAUCAUCAUUUUCAAAUGUGUUUUCAUGCUCUGAUUUAGAAAAGGUUUGUAAAUAUAUUAAAAGACAAAAGAUGUCAAAUAAUGUAUCAUGGUUUUUAACUGAAAUGCAAAUGUAUUAACCUUUUCAGAUCUUAACACUUUGAUUGAGUUUAUUGUUUUGAUGAUUUUAAAAAGAACAAAACUGUGAAUUUUGUCAGAGAAAAGAAAAUUAUAUUAUAUUAUAAGAUGAAACUUGCAGAACAUCAAAAAUAUUUUGCUUAAUAUAAAAACAUAUUUUAGGACCAUUGUCAUUUUUUGCAUUGUGAUAUUACUUCACAUACUACUUCUCACUACUGUAAAGCAAAAAAAUAUAUUUAAAUACUAAAUUACAAUAAGUAGAAAGUAAGUAUAAGUAAAAAUUUCACAUAAUUACAAGUUAUGGUACUAAAAAUGUGUUAGUUAGUAACGUCACAAUGCCAAAAAUCUUAAUGAUUCUAGAAAUAUGACACAUUUGAUUUAUGCACAAUGUACUUUCUUGUGAUCUGGGGUUUCAUGAGAUUCAUCCUAAUCAGAUUUUGGCAGAUCUGAGAUUUGGGUGCCUUUAUCCUCUUCAAAACCUAAACGCGUUGUACUGUCAUUUUGUCUUCAAACACUGAUGAAUCUAUCUUGAAAGAGGCUGAUCUGAAUUCACCUCAAUGUUCAGGUAAUUAUUCACUGGGGGAAGGUACUGGUCUCAGAUCAGUGUUACAUGCUUUGCUGCAAUGACACAUUUAAAUUGAACAAAUCACUCCUCAAGUUAAAUGUAUUGAUAGAUUCUGACAUUUCAUGCAUUUGCUGACCUUGGUGUGUGUUUUUGUGUUUUCAUAUGUGAAGGAGAACAGGUCAGCAUCAGUCUUUAGUUUGGAUGAGUUGUAAGUGUACAAAUGUUUUUUUAUAUAUAUAAUUCCCAAUGUUAAUGUGAAGUAUUUAAAAAUGAAAUGUAUAAUAACUAACAAUGACAUUUCUUAACAAAUGUUACUGUUCUUAGUUAAAAGCAAAAACAGGAGUGUUAUUCUCCACACAGUAUGUACUGCUGUCUGAUAUUUCUGAUGAAAUGCAUACAAGUCUGAAGGUCUCAAGAUGUUUAUGGUUUUGGUAGAUUUAAAAGAAAGUCUCUUACCUGCUUUGUUGCCAACGGGUCCACGGUUUCAACAUGUUUACCGUAAUCUGUACAGAUGUUAAUGAUAUUUUUAUUUGUCAAUAAAGAUUGUAUCACAUUAAACAGAA